AACUCCUUUACUCAAAAUUCCAACAGUGAUUAAAAACGAUAAUAGAGAUAGAUAUGGAUUAUGGAUAGUUCGAUUAGCACUUGUUUUAUUGAUAAUCAUUGUUUUCUCGAUUCUUGCUAAGGUCCCCAUUUCUGUAUUCUCUCUUCAUCCUCUUUUUAUGAUCUUAUUUAUAAUUACAAUGACUGAAGGAAUUGUCACUUUACAACUUACUCAAACUAAGCAAGAAAAACGUCAAGGUCUUGGACGACACGCUAUCUUACAAUUAUCUGCUUUUUUUUCUGCCAUCAUUGGAUUUUCCGCCAUCUUUUACAAUAAAGUACUCUUGAAUAAGGAUCAUUUCAUCUCAGGGCACGGCAAAUUAGGCAUCCUUGUUUUAUCGUACCUAUUACUUCAAGUAAUAUUUGGUAUUUUUUGUGCAUCUACUCCUCAUAGAUUAGCAUUGCCUAUAAAGAAGCUUUGGAAAUAUCAUCGUAUCACUGGGUACAUAUUUUUCAUAUUGGUAUGGGUGACGGCUGUUUUCGGUAUCCAAACAGAUUAUAUGAUUACCAAUAGUUGGAUCAUCCCUUCUCGAUACUUGUCUUCCAACUGGAUUUUUCUCUUUGUAGUCAUUGCCAAUGUGGGUAUUUUACUUCGCCUUCGAUUUUAUAAGUUGAAAGGUCAAGUUACCUUGGGAGAUCAUCCACCAUCAUCAUCACCAUCAUCAUCGUCAUUGUAAUAAUAAAAUCUUAUCUUUUUUGUAACACGA